CUUGUUGUUUGCCUGUGUACGCACGCAUAAAUAAAAUUAAACAUAUUUUACGAUAUAAAUUCCAAUUAAAACUUUGCUGGCUCACUUAUAUAGGCUGCUACAAUUGAAUUUCAAAAUAUAUUACAAUCUUAGUGACUAAACAUGACAGAAGUACAGUUACAAGAGUUCAAACUCGACCCAGAUUCUGAAUUACGUUUUGAAGUCGAAUCUAAAAAUGAAAAAGUGGUUCUAGAGGUUAAGAGUGGGUAUGCGGAGUUAUUUGGCACAGAACUGGUUAAAGGCAAGCCUUAUGAGUUCCAUACGGGCGCUAAAGUAGCGGUGUUCACAUGGCACGGAUGUACAGUGGAGCUGCGAGGCAAGACAGAAGUCAGCUAUGUGGCCAAGGAGACUCCUAUGGUGGUAUACUUGAAUGUCCAUGCGGCGUUGGAACAACAGAGAGUGGCAGCAGAGCAGGAGAACACUCGGGGCCCAGUGGCUAUGGUCGUAGGUCCCGGAGACGUGGGCAAGUCCACGUUGACAAGGCUCCUCCUGAAUUACGCAGUCAGGAUGGGAAGACGACCAAUAUAUGUUGACCUUGACGUUGGUCAGGGAGGGAUUAGUGUUCCUGGGACUAUUGGCGCCCUCCUUGUGGAGCGACCAGCGUCAAUCGAGGAGGGUUUCAGCCAGCAGGCUCCGCUGGUGUACCACUUCGGGCACAGCUCCCCCGAACACAACCUGGAGCUGUACAACACCAUCGUCUCACGCCUCGCGGAGGUCAUCGCCGAGAGAUGCGAGAAUAAUAAAAAAGCGUCAACGUCUGGCGUGAUCAUCAACACGUGCGGGUGGGUGAAGGGUGCGGGGUACAAGGUGCUCACACACGCAGCGCAGGCGUUCGAGGUGGACGUGAUCCUAGUUCUAGACAACGAGAGGCUGUACAACGAGUUGAAGAGGGACAUGCCGAAGUUCGUCAAAGUUGUAUACCUGCCUAAAAGUGGAGGGGUGGUGGAGCGGUCGCCGUCGCAGCGGGCGGAGGCGCGCGACGCCCGCAUCCGCGAGUACUUCUACGGCAAGCGGACGCCCUACUACCCGCAUUCUUUUGACGUCAAGUUCACUGACCUCAAGAUAUACAAGGUGGGCGCGCCGUCGCUGCCGGACUCGUGCAUGCCGCUGGGCAUGCGCGCGGAGGACGCGCUCACCAAGCUGGUGGGCGUGUGGCCGGGCGCGGCGCUGCAGCACCGCCUGCUGGCCGUGUCCUUCGCCGCCGCGCCCGACGACGACGUGCUGCACUCCAACCUCGCCGGCAUCGUGGUCGUCACGGCAGUGGACGUGGACCGGCAGACCCUGACGAUCCUGUCCCCGCAGCCGCGGCCGCUGCCCAACACGGUGCUGCUGCUGUCGGAGCUGCAGUACAUGGACAACCACUAGCGGUCGCUAGCCCCGAAGUACGGGGUCUUUCCAACUCACUCCCGUUACCAGGCGCAUUGGUGAUGCAUCAAUACGAAAUAUUAACUAGUGAACACGGGUUGCGUUGUCGCGCGCGGCGCGGUAACUACGCGUGGCAAUGUAACUUUAGUUCGAAUAUCAGUAGUUCGAUGAAAUGUGAGUUGUUCGAUGAAUCCUUCGGCCAACCGUUCGUCGGUAAAAGAGGGGUUCGAUACAAAGUUGACUCGGAAGAAUGAUCAUUCGUUAAAAAGGGUUUCGAAAAAUAUUUCAGUCGAAUAAGCAUUCAUCGAACUACUGACAUUCGAACUAAAGUUACAGACCCACUACACGCGACUAUACCAUUAUGUAACGUAGCAGAGUCCGAAACCUACGUCCGACAGUCGCUUCUCCGUCGAACAGAAUGAAAGGUUCUGUCGGUGAACCGUUCGACGGAGAAGCGACUGUCGGACAUAGGCUUCAGACUCAACGUAGCAUGAUUAGAAUGAGAGUAGUAUAUCGCCUAGUGCGAAAGAGGCGUAUCUCCCUUCUCUUUCGCAUUAAAAGUAUACAGUUUUGUGCGAAAGGACUAGAGAUAUGUUACUCUUAUUAUGCUACGUUAAUUAUGGUGUAAUAGACUGCAGGUAUAAUAUGUAUGGCGAAAUCGUCGCCCGCGCACCCGAUGUUUACACGCGUAAUGUAAGCGCAAGGGUAAAAGAUUUACACAAUGCGUAUAACAGUAACUUAAAAGCGUAUUUCGUAUUUUUGAAGCACCUGUCGUUGAUUUGUUUGUCUUCUAACCUGAAGACAAAGUGUAAGUGUGAUUGUAAAGUAACCUUGAAAGUAAACGAAGAGACUUAUUUGCAAAACGAUUUAAGUGUAGUGAUAGUAUUAUAAUUUUGCCUUAUAGUAAAAACCAUGGUAUAAGAAAACCAGGUAUGCUCAAAAGUGACAGCUAACAUCUCCCGCCCCGUGUUGCCAUUUCGAAAAAAUAAAUUACCCACAACCAAUAUUUUUAUAUUUAUUUUGCAAGGAAAUUUUGAACUUUUGGUAAAAGAUUUACUUACAGUUUUAAUGGGUUUUUAUACAUGUGAUAAUGAUAGUAGUAGUAAUAAAAUACAUUAGUCAGUGGCCCCGAUUCCUGCAAACACCGCCUAAUUUUAUUUUAAGUUAUAUCCGUCAUUUUCAUACCCGUCGAAAAGGAAAGGGACGGAUGAUUCACAGCUCUUAAUUUUAGGAAGAAUGAGUAAAUGAAUGUGUCGGGUUAUUGACUGAUGUAAAAUUUUUAGACGGUUGGUUUAGAUUUGUGCUUAAAAUUGACGUGUGUUCCAUAAAUUUUAUGCUUGUCAAUUACCCGUCCCUUUCCUUUUCGGCGGAUAAGAAAAUGACAGAUAUAACUUAAAAUAAAAUUAGAUGGUAUUUACAGGAAUUAGCACCAGUAAUUCACUUAAUUUUCAAUAAUAAAAUUUACGUCCUUGGAAUGUUGGAGAUACCAAUUGAAUGGUAACAUUUACGUCAUCAAGGGCUAGCAAUGGCGGCUUGUCAGAGGAUUGAGCAUUGAGCAUACCUGGUCUUCUUAUAACGUGAAUAAGGCGACGUUUUACAUCUUGUUAAGCCUUGCGGCGGAGCGCUGAGCGCUUCACUCUUUAACGAAUAAUGCGAAUAAUUAUAAUAAUCGGGACCGUCUUGGUAAGUUAGCAAGAAAUAUAGUCGACGGUCCCAGCAUGACAUUGUAAAUGUUCUCAAAGACUUUAGUUUUAUAAAAGUGACUAUGAGUGACUCGAUUUCAAUGAAAUCUGCUGUAAAUAAACGAAUAAUUGUAAUUUAAACAUAAAAGUAUUUUGAAAUAAACUUUUGUGAUAUUACUGA